AAUGAUACAAAAUUUCAAUGUGUCAGUCAUUUUUAACCUCUUGUGGUAUUUCUUCUUCGUUAGCUUUACUUGGAUUUCUACCUUACCACAGCACUCUCGAACUUCAUGAACUUCUCAUUCUAGAGCCGUGAAAAUGGUGAAAAUGAAAAGGGUAUUGUAAUAUGGUCCAAUGGGGUUUUUCUUUUUGCUGUUUUGCCUUGAAAAUCUGAACUACCAGUCCAAUUCUCUCCUACUGUUCUCUUCUUCCUCUACCAUGUAGCAUCUCUCUCUCUCUCUCUCUCUCUGUAUCGCUCUUUGAGUUAAGAGGUAAGACAUUCUCUUCCUGGACCUCACAUUUCAUGAACUUAGUGAAUGUCUUGUUUCUGCAUUCUCAAGUUCAAGAACCUGGCUCUCUAACUUCUGGAACCACAAUUCUUUUCUGUGUCCACCAAAGAAGGAAGUACUUUUACUUGGGAGAACAGAGUUUGUCUUGCAAUUUCUUCACUCCUGCCUGCCUACUCUUCUUUGUGGAGAAUUCCAAUCCAAGAACUGAACUUUCAUCACCGUGUCUCUCAGCAAUGCCGUCAAGGUGAACGAUUUCAAGUCCCCUCUUUCUUUUUCGUUGGCCCCCUUGUAGCACUUCAUUUCCUUCUUCAACUUACUGUAUUUCUGGUUUUAGAGAGGCAAAGACAUUAAGUUUAGAGAGACAACUUUGUGGGUGUCUUGAAGUGUAUGUCUUUACUUCCUGUUAAAUGACCUUCUAAAACAUACAUUAAUGGCCAAUACUAGUUCUAGUCUUACAGUAAAUACUCUCUUAUUCCUUCUCUUCCUUCUGUUCACCACCACGACCUCCACCACUCAUCAACGUCACCUCCUCCACCAACCCUUUUUCCCAUUUACCACCGCCAUUCCACCGACACAACCUCCCUCUUUGUCUCCUCAAACACAACCCAAAUACCCUUUCACUUCCACCCCAAACAAAAACAACAAUCUACAAAAGCCCUUUUUCCCUGCCCUCCCUUCACCUCCACCACCUCCUCCCACUUCCACACUUGCUACUUUCCCUGCCAACAUCUCCUCCCUCCUCCUCCCUCACCGCUCCUCCUCUCCUCACCACAACCUCAUUAUCUCCAUCUCCAUCUCCCUUUCCCUCCUUUUCGCUGCCCUUUUAGCUUUACUUUCAGCCUUUUUCAUCUAUUCUCGCAGGAGAACCCAGCCUUUUAGUCCUCAAAAGGGUUCAAGAUCAGAAAGUCUCCGCCUUUACCCCCAAAACACUAUCCCAUCUGAUGGUUCUCCAAAGAUUCCAAAGCUCCCACACCGUCCUGGUGUCGUAAGCACAAGCUCAGAGUUUCUUUACCUGGGCACAUUAGUGAACCCUCAUGCUGGCAUCGAUGAUCAAGACAAGCCAACAUCAACCAGCAAUGCUGUUCUUAAAACUGGUGUUUCAUCAUCAUCCUCUUCACAUUAUCAAAAACUCGGGUCACCUGAGCUGAGGCCAUUGCCACCAUUGCCUAGACAUAAUUACACACCAACUUAUAGAAGUGGUGAAGUUCUUGUUAGUUCAAGUAAAGAAGAUGAAGUUGAUAGUGAUACAGAGGAGGAAGAGUUCUUUUCGCCAAGAGGGUCUUCUGGGAGGAAAGAGGCUAAUCAUGAGAGUCUGGUUCGUGUUGAUUCAAGUUCUAGAAGAGUGAUUCAAGGUAUUCAAGGAGAGAUUUUUGGGUCUAGAAGUUUUAAUUCAAGGACUGCUUCGUAUCCAUUAUCAAAUUCUUUUUCUCCAUCAAAGUCUGUUUCCAGCAGUGUGUCUCCAGUGUCUAAUUCUAGCCAUAGAAGUGGAAAAUCUCGGUCUCCUGAUACGAUUAUUAGUUUUCCUGCUCCAGUUCAGUCCAUUAAGCAAUCCUCUCCGUCCAUUUCUCCAUCAUCAUCUGGGAGAAAUUCAGGGGAGACGCUGAAUUCUCAGGAGCGAAAUUCGGGUUUUUCAGUACAGAAUGAGCAGGUUCCAGUGAGUGUUGGUAAACAAUUUGUUCCACCAAAACUGCCGCCGCCUCCACCUCCACCUCCACCAUCGCGAUUUUGGGAGAUGCCAGUGGGGUUUAGGAUGGCUCAGGAAGUGAAUUUGGGGAUUCCAGGGCCGCCAGUUCUUGUUAUGCCUGCAAAGCCUGUUUUGGUUCAAGAUCAUGCAAUGCCAGUUAUGGCCAAUGAGCAAAUGCAAAGCAAUGGUAGCGUUGAGAGGAAUGAGGAGAGCAUGAAGCCGAAGUUGAAGCCUUUACAUUGGGAUAAAGUUAGAGCAAGCUCUGAUCGGGCUAUGGUGUGGGAUCAGAUAAAAUCUAGCUCUUUUCAGUUAAAUGAGGAAAUGAUUGAGACACUUUUUAUGGUAAACAAUCCCAAUUUUAAUGUGAAAGAUCACAAUGGAAUGCGCCAAUCCCUUCCUUUGCUGAACCAGGAGAAUAGAGUGCUUGAUCCAAAGAAGUCCCAGAAUAUUGCAAUAUUGUUGAGGGCUCUUAAUGUGACCAUUGAAGAAGUCUGUGAUGCCCUUUUAGAAGGAAAUUUAGAUACUCUGGGGACAGAGCUUCUUGAAAGCUUAUUAAGGAUGGCUCCGACUAAAGAAGAAGAAUACAAAUUAAAAGACUUCAAGGAUGAAUCACCAUUCAAGCUAGGCCCUGCUGAGAAAUUCCUCAAGGAAGUGCUUGAUGUUCCUUUUGCAUUUAAGAGGGUUGAUGCAAUGCUUUAUAUUACUAAUUUUGAUUCAGAAGUUGAUUUCCUGAAGAGGUCUUUUGAAACACUGGAGGCAGCUUGCGAAGAAUUGAGGAACAGCAGAAUGUUCUUGAAACUUCUGGAAGCAGUUCUCAAGACUGGGAACCGUAUGAAUGUUGGCACCAAUCGUGGCGAUGCACAUGCCUUCAAGCUUGACACGCUUCUUAAGCUUGUUGAUAUUAAAGGCACUGAUGGGAAAACCACUCUCUUGCAUUUUGUUGUACAGGAAAUCAUCAGAUUGGAAGGCUCUCGUCUUUCUGGUACAAACCAGAAUCAAACAACCGAGAAAACUCAACAAUCUGCAUUCCAGGAUGAAGUUGAAUUUAGGAAGCUUGGUCUGCAAGUAGUUUCAGGUUUGGGUGGAGAGCUUACGAAUGUAAAGAAAGCUGCUGCAAUGGAUUCGGAUGUGCUUAGCAGUGAAGUUGCAAAACUUGCAACUGGAAUUACGAAAAUUACCGAAGUUCUGAAAUUAAAUGAAGAAAUUGCAUUGAAGGAGAGUAGCUGGAGGUUCUCAGAGUCAAUGAAUGGGUUCAUGAAGAAGGCAGAAGAAGAAAUUGUAAUGCUUCAAGCACAAGAAAAGGCUGCCCUCUCUCUGGUGAAGGAAAUAACUGAGUAUUUCCAUGGGAACUCAGCCAAGGAAGAAGCUCGCCCUUUCCGGAUUUUUAUGGUGGUGAGGGAUUUUCUAUCCAUUCUUGAUCAUGUAUGCAAAGAAGUCGGAAAGAUCAAUGAGAGGACCAUAUGCAGUUCAGCCCGUCCUAUGCCUUCAAAUCCAACACUUCCACCAGUUUUUCCAGGUCUCAUUGGAGGGCAUCAUUAUGGUUCCUCUGAUGAUGAAAGUUCAUCUUCAUCGUCAUUAGAACACUCCAUUUGAUUCUGCUGAAUCUCGCACUGGAAUGCUUAAUGGGAAUUGGUGGUGCGCGCAGCAGACUAUUUGAGUUGAGUUUCUGCAUCUAGCCCGUCACCCAUUUUUUGGUUGGCCUUCUAUUUUGUACCUAAAUAUAUUAUUCACUCAAGAUUUUGGAUUUGUUUACUUCAUGUGUAACAUACCCAAGGGUUCAUGUCAGGACAUAAUAAAGAAGUAAUGGCAGCAUAUUCUGACCUUUCAUGUAAAUCUAUCAGAAGCUAAAUUAAGGUAUUUUGUUCAGUGUUAGAA